AUGGUUCGAAUUGCAUCGACUAUUAUCGCUGCAUGUCUCGUGGCUUGUGCAUAUGCGAGCCCCAUUGUUGACAGAAAGUCGAACGAGAUAGCACGCUUGGACUCUGAGCCGUUAAAGGAGGUUUUGACCGGAAGGGCUUUUGCGGGCAAUGGUAAAGAGCCCUCUCAGGAAGAUUUAAACCGAAGGGCUUUUGCUGGCAAUGGUAAAGAGCCAUCUCCGGAAGAUUUGAACCGAAGGGCUUUUGCUGGCAAUGGUGAAGAGCCAUCUCCGGAAGAUUUGAACCGAAGGGCUUUUGCUGGCAAUGGUAAAGAGCCCUCUCAGGAAGAUUUGAAUCGAAGGGCAUUUGCGGGAAAUGGUGAAGAGCCAACACAAGGAGAUUUGAACCGAAGGGCUUUUGCGGGAAACGGUGAAGAGCCAACUCAAGAAGAUUUGAACUAA